UUGAUAUUAAAACUUAGUAGAAUAAGAAGAGAAUAUAAUAAAAGAGAUUGAAACAUAUCACGUGUGAACUAAAUAGAUAAUCUAUCUUUCUAACCCGUUUUCAUCUAUGAGUUAAAAUAAUCAAUCAGAAAGUUGACUUAUUAUUAUAAAUAAGUUUAAUUGAAAUUCAUUACAAUAAUGAAAAUAUGUAGUGUUAUGUAGUAAUACCUUUUCAAAUGAACUUAAAAAAGCUUAUCAUAUUCUUCUUGUUACAUUUUCUAACGAAUUUGUGCGGUCUAAUACUGGCUAGCAAUUAUGAUCAGUACAUAGAUAGAUUGAUAAAUGAUGGAAAAUUAUUAUAUGAUGAUUAUAUAAAACAAAAUCCUAGUUUAGAAUCAACAUUAGAACGUUUAUAUUCAAUGGAACAUCCAAUUUUUCAAGAAGAUUAUCCAGAAAAUUAUGAAAUUACUGAUAAACAAUGGAAUGAGUUAUUAAACGAAAUCAAUCAAGCUAAAUUAGGCAAACUAGAAGAAAAUGAUAUUGAUAAACCAAAAUUUAUUGAUUCAAAUUUUAAUGAAAAAUCAAAUGAUAAUUAUGAAUUAAAUUCAAAUAGAAAUAAUAUUAAUAAAGUUUUAAAUGAACCAAGUUUAACAGAACGUCGAAAUGAAAUUGCUUAUCAAAAUUCUCUAUGGGGUGAACAUAAAGUUUCUGGAGGUUCCAGUGAAACAGGUCAGUGGAUAGAUUAUGCUUUAUUGGGAGCUGAAGCACAAGAUACAAUAGCUAAUAAUUUAAAUCUAUCUAGCGAGUUGGAAUCAUCUCAUAUAGAAUCUAAAUUUGAUAAUUUACCUGCUUAUUGUGAUCCACCAAAUCCAUGUCCAUUAAAUUAUAAAUCAAAUGAUUUACCAACACCGUGUGAUCAAGAUAUUGAAGAUACUAUUGAAUUUAAUAGACAUUGGAUAAUAAGAAAAAUGCAAAAUGGUGAAUGUUCAUGUGAUAAUGAACAUAUGGAUAACUGUCCAGUUGAAUCAAAUGAAAAUGGACAUAAAACUAAUUUUAUGUCUGGACAAAAGACUGAUGGAAAAAUUUUAUUGAUAAAUCCAUAUCUACGAGGAGAAAGUCGUAAAAGGCUGGUAGCUAAAAAACGAGUUAAACGUUCACACCUCAAAUUAUUGUCAAGUUGACAUACAAUUUUAUGAAAGAAAUUCAUAAUAUGUCAUUCAUGCACUAAGUCAGUGACUUAGAAUUGAACUCAUUAAAUAAUGUCACAUAACUGUGAUAAACAUGUUUUAUUUGUACAAAAACCAAACAAAUAUUUUUGAUAAUAAAAUUCAACUAAAAUGUAAUAUAUAUCAGACUAUUUAAUUUGCUCAGUAAAACAAAGAACUGACUGUCGAAAAAAAUUAUCGUUAUAAUCCUUAUUUAUUGGGUAGUGUUCACAAGACUGCAGUGAAAAAAAUUGGACUAUAUAAACCAUCACAAGAAAAGUAUAUGUAAUACACUUAAUACAAUGAAUUGAGUAAUAAUUGUAAUAAAUUAUACUUUAAGUUCAGUAAUAAUAAACGAUACAAUUCGACACUGAUAAUAAAUUGAAUGUUUUUUUUAAAAAAAGAUGGUACUUUUUCUUUCUUUAUUUUUAUUCUUUCAAAAUAUUGUACUUUGAGUUAUAGAUCAUUAGGUAUAUGGUUUUCUUGACCUUUGGAUUAACGAAAUUGUACAAUAAUUCUUAUAUUGAAUGAAUCAAUUUUUUUCGUAGACCUUUAUUAUAUAGGACUAUCAUGAUGUAGUUGAAGUUUUAUGCGUUAUAAUUUAGUUUAUUUUCGAUUACAUAAAGUGAAUGAAUGAACUUUAUAUACGGAAGUAUGAAUCUAAAUGAUUCAAUAUAUAGAUGCAUAAUUAAUUCACAUCUUUGAUAGAGUACAAAACCUGUAAUAAUACAUAAAGAGAGAUUGUAA